GGUUGCAUGGCACCAAUGGUCGGCUCCUUAUCCAGAAUCACGCGUCGGGAAAGGAGGUUCGAGUACUGCUUCUUCUUGGGACGCCACAUCCAUCGAGCUCUUACCCCAUCACCGCUGCCAUCCAUGGAGCUCUGACCUAUGGCCAACAAUUCGUCAUGGUGCACGAAAGACCCAGCGUGUGGUGUGCAUGUGGAAUUCUUCUUCACACUCAAACACAGGUUAUGGAGCUGGAGUCAGUUUUCUAGUGAUGGACUAGGAUUGAAGCUACUCGACGAGGCACAAACAUGCUACUAUCUUGCUAGGCUGUGGUCUUCAGUUCAUGUCGUGGCUGGGUUGUUGCCAGUUACUUCAACUAAGCCUGUUCGGACUCUCUCCGCUCUCCAACUCCACGCCGGAGCGGAGCAACAUCUAGUUCUAAUUUGGGGAGUGGCUGAAAAGGUGCUCCACGUGCUCUGCUCCAAACAGGGCCUUAGUUGAUGAUGUGAUUGGAUUCCAUAUGAUUUUAAAAUGAUCUGGAGAUUGCUUAUCUGGCUCAACACCAACACUUGAUCAGAGAUGGACAUCUUCAAUGAUCCAAUGCUUUUGCUUAUCUGACUUUUGUUGGUGCUUUUAUUCUGAAAUCUAAACUACUGCUUUUAUCCGUCGUUAAAUUCAUAUUAUACUUGAUGUAGACUGUUUGUUAUAUGAAGUGCUAGCCUACAUGUACUUGGUCAA